GGUGUCACAUGUUGUCUAUUCAGAUAUCAUGACAUCCAAACCACUUGAAAUUGGAGUAUAAAUACGUCCAGAUUUAAUAAUCUGGCACCACAACGACACUCUCAUUCUCUCAACAUCACAAUGCAAUUGCAUACAACCAAUACGAAGGUGAUGUCUCAUUCAAAUUUAAAGAUUAUGGUUGUAAUUCCCUUGAAGUUCCACUGCAUUCCUGGGGUGUGUAGACAAUAAUAGAGGUUCUUUUCCAUGGUGAAAAGUUUGGCAACUGCAGAUGUCAUUGGCAAGAUGUGGGCGUUAGUGUGUUCCUCAAACUUAGAUUCAUGGCAAGAGCAAGCGAGUUUUGAAGAUCCAACAUUUUUGGGGGAACCAAAUCAGAUGCACACUUUAGGUUAUCUACCUCUAUAUAAAAAGAGUAUUUGGCAGAACGUGUGGCAUUGGUAUUCCAUAUCUCAUUUUCAGGAGCCAGGAGUAUGUGUAUGUGUAACUUAUGCGCAUCAUAUUUACUCUUCCGACCAUACCUGGCGUAUACAGGGAACGGCUAGGCCUUCGUUGGAGGUUGUGGUUCAUCCUCGAGCAAGCAAAGAACCAGAUUAAGAUCAGGCAGAAAGAUGGAAAUACGAAGUGUUUCACAUGCAAAUGUUUACGGAGAGCACCGAAUUACCCAAUGACCCUCCGAGUCUCCGUUGUGGAUUAUUUAUGGCGGAUAGCAUGUAUAUGGAGAGCGUGGCUUAGCUAGACAGGAUCCGUGAUUAAAGAUGGAUGAUUGAGUACGAAGAGAAGAAUUGAAGGUUGGGAGUGAAAGUAGAAGAUGAGAGAGUGAGAGACCCGAGACGGAGAGCAUCGUAUUAACCAAUGUCUCUCCUCAGGUGGCGAAGAUGAGAAAAGCAUUGAUCGUACUACAAAUGUUAUUUACAAAGAAGUCUUUCGAAAUGUUUAGUCUUUUUAGAUCUCAUUGUAUGCUCAAAUGUUUACAA